AUGCUAGAUAUCGCAAAAAUCGCAGCCGCCGCCGCAGGUACCGCCGGCGCAAUCGCGACGACAACCGCACCUGCGGCGACGAAGCAAGGCACGAAGCACCCGCGAGACGGCAACCUGGUUGGGGAUAUCUUCUCUUCUCCCUCCACACUUCUGCAUUGCGCGCCGCCCGCUCGAACCGCGGACCAUAAGAUGUGCACCCCCCCGACGCCUUCUUCCGCCCCGCGCGGUUGCAAGCGCCGUCUGACUCCAUGGGACGAGAACGAUGAUGCGUUUUCGCUACCGCCUGGCCUUCCGCCGACCCCAAUCUCCGUGCUGCAAUCCGCGCAGUGCCUGUCCGCCUCCCGCGCAUUCCCGCAUCUCGCGCCUCCUCCGUCUCCGCUGCUUCUCGAAGAGGUCGACAGCGACAGCACCUGCAGCAGCCCUGUAAAGCCCCCCCUCGUUCCGCAAAACCCCCAGCUUUCCUCGCAGCGCAUGAGCUCCCCUGCGGGGGCACCAGCGGAGGAUUCGCGCAAGCGCCAGCGCGCGCAGCCCUCACAGGUACAGCGGCUUGAGGCGGAGUUUCGGGCGGCGGUAGCGGUGCAGGAAAGAUCCGCGGAUGGGGGUAAGGCGCAGGCGGCGGGGCAGAUUCUUGUGUCCGCGGAGCGGCAGUGGCAGCUCGCGGCGGAACUGGGGCUUCUCCCCCGACAGGUCUCCGCGUGGUUCCAGACGCGGCAGCUGGAGUGGCAGGCGGAGCAGGGGGAGGCGGAUCUGCGGAAGAUGCGCGCGGCGCACGCAGGAUUGGCGGAGCAGUGCUGCGAGAUGCGGAACGAUUACGAGCUGCUGAAGGGGGACUACGCUCAGAUGCUGCUGCACAUUGCAAAGAUUCUCAACAAGAUCACGCAAAUCGAAAAUCUCCUUAACGCGGACGAGAGUGGCGCGAAGGCACGAAGCCCUUAUGUCCGUGAAGAGCAGGUUUUCCAGCCGCAUCAGACGGGCACGGAUCGGAACAGACAACAGGCGGAACGAGGUGAUAAGAGGAAGGGGAAUGUGAUCGAAAUGGCGCAGAAAACCGCGGCUUGCGCGCAAAUUGUGAUGGAGUCACCCGCGGACGGCAAGCCCCAGUGGGGCGCGGAAGCGGAGCAGCUUGUUUCCGCUUCCGCUUCCGCAGACACUAUAGGCAGCGACGGCGGAGCUCCGCAUGCGGACCUUUCCUCCCCGCAGGGAGGUGAAGGCGAUCUCUCUGGCACGUUCUUGGAUGAUUUCGAGGAGCUUUCGGGCAGUUUGGGCGGGCAGCAAGAUUUCUUUGAGGCUGCGACUGCAGCGGCGGAAGCUCCUCUGAGAGAGAUGGGUCUGGGGGAGGCGCAAGCUCAGGGGCAUCCGGCGCUGCAGGCGCAUCAAGCGGGGCGGCAGCAGCUGGGGAAAGCGCAACAGCCGCUCCAGACAGGGGCGCAGCACCUGGGGGAGGUGCAUUAUGAAGAUGCGCGUUUGGAAGAGGCCUCAGGUCAGGGGGGAGAGAUUGGGGCAGGAGGGAAGGAGGCACAAGUACCAUAUGAGAUGUGUGGGGCCGGCGUGGAUGCUGAGCUGAUGGGGCUGUUUUGGGGCUGUGGCAGUGAUGGGGAUGACAUUGUUAUGGGGUGA